AUGGCUGUUGGCCGGAGGAAGCUGGCCCCACUCUGGGCCCUGGCCUGGGCCCUGGCCUGCACCCAGCACACAGGCCAGGCCCAGCAGGGCUCUCUGCAACCCGGCCGUGAGCACAGCGCCGACCUCUCUCCCCUUCCAGGGCACAGCGGGGACCCCCUCCUCAGGAUGACUGACACCCCGCCUCUGAGGGCCAUCCCUGUGGUCCAAGCCCUGAACCGGGCCCACAACGGGCGGGUGUGCAGCACCUGGGGCGACUUCCACUACAAGACCUUCGACGGCGACAUCUUCCGCUUCCCCGGCCUGUGCAACUACGUGUUCUCUGCCCACUGUGGAGCCGCCUACGAGGACUUCAACGUGCAGCUGCGCCGCAGCCGGGCGGCCAACACCACCACACUGAGCAGGGUCAUCAUGAAGCUCGAUGGCCUGGUCAUCGAGCUGAAUGAGAGCUCCGUCCUGGUCAAUGGCCACCCGGUCCAGCUGCCCUUCAGCCAGUCUGGGGUCCUGAUGGAGCGCAGCAACGGCAACCUGAAGGUCACGGCUCGGCUGGGCCUCGUCUUCAUGUGGGACCAGGACGAUGACAGCCUCCUGCUAGAGUUGGACAGCAAGUUCGCCAACCAGACCUGUGGGCUCUGUGGGGACUUCAACGGUAUCCCUGUGUUCAGCGAGUUCUUUUCCCACGAUGUCAGGCUGACCCCCAUCGAGUUUGGGAACCUGCAGAAGAUGGACGGGCCCACGGAACAGUGCCAGGACCCCGACCCUGCACCCCAGAACUGCUCCACCGGCUCCGGCAUCUGCGAGGAGCUCCUGCGAGGCCAGCUGUUCUCGGGCUGUGCGGCCCUGGUGGACGUCAGCAGCUACGUGGAGGCCUGUCGGCAGGACCUGUGUCUCUGUGAGCAGGCCGACCUGCCCAGCUGCAUCUGCCACACGCUGGCCGAGUACUCACGGCAGUGCGCCCACGCAGGGGGCCUGCCCCAGGACUGGAGGGGCCCCGACCUCUGCUACCAGACGUGCCCCCUGAACAUGCAGCACCAGGAGUGUGGCUCCCCCUGCACCGACACCUGCUCCAACCCCCAGCGCUCCCAGCUCUGCGAGGACCACUGUGUGGCCGGCUGCUUCUGCCCUGAGGGGACGGUGUUUGAUGACAUCGGCCAGACUGGCUGUGUCCCCAUGUCUCAGUGUUCCUGCCUGUACAAUGGGACCUCCUAUGCCCCAGGGGCCAACUACUCUACAGACUGCACCCACACCUGCUCCGGAGGCCGCUGGAGCUGCCAGGAGGUGCCGUGCCAGGGCACCUGCUCUGUGCUGGGCGGCUCCCACCUGUCCACGUUUGACGAGAAGCAGUACACAGUGCAUGGGGACUGCAGCUACGUGCUGACCAAGCCCUGCAACGACGAUGCCUUCACGGUGCUGGCCGAGCUGCGCAGGUGCGGUCUGACCGAGAGCGAGACCUGCCUGAAGGGCGUGGAGCUGCGCCUGGGCGGGGGCCCAACGGCUGUGGUGGUGAAGGCCAGCGGGGAGGUGUUUGUGAACCAGAUCUACACGCAGCUGCCGGUGUCCACAGCCAACGUCACCCUCUUCAGACCCUCGACCUUCUUCAUCAUCGCGCAGACCAACCUGGGCGUGCAGCUGGCCAUCCAGCUGGUGCCCACCAUGCAGGUGUUUGUGCGGCUGGCCCCUGAGCUCCGGGGGCUGACCUGUGGUCUCUGCGGGAAUUUCAACAGCAUCCAGGCCGAUGACUUCCGGACCAACAGCGGGGUGGUGGAGGGCACAGGUGCCGCCUUCGCCAACACCUGGAAGACCCAGGCUGCCUGCCCCAAUGUGAAGAGCAGCUUUGAGGACCCCUGCUCACUCAGCGUGGAGAACGAGAAGUACGCCCAGCACUGGUGCUCACAGCUGACCAGCCCUGACGGCCCCUUCGCCCAAUGCCACGCCACCGUGAGCCCCAGCACCUACUAUUCGAACUGCAUGUUCGACACGUGCAACUGCGAGAAGAGCGAGGACUGCAUGUGCGCGGCCCUGUCCUCCUACGUGCAGGCCUGUGCCACCAAGGGCGUGCUGCUGCGUGGCUGGAGGGCCGGCGUCUGCACAAAGCCCACAACCACCUGCCCCAAGUCGAUGACCUACCACUACCACAUCAGCACCUGCCAGCCCACCUGCCGUGCCCUGAGUGAGGAGGACGUCACCUGCCAUGUCAGCUUUGUCCCUGUGGAUGGCUGCGCCUGCCCAGAGGGCAUGUUCCUGGACGCCUCGGACAAGUGUGUGCCGGCUGCCAGCUGCCCCUGCUACCACAGGGGCUCCAUGGUCCCCAACGGCGAGUCUCUGCACGACAGCGGGGCCGUCUGCACCUGCACACAGGGGACGCUGACCUGCAUCGGGGGCCCAGCGCCCACCCAAGUGUGUGACGCACCCAUGGUCUACGUCGACUGCCACAAUGCCACACAUGGGGCCACCGGAGCUGGCUGCCAGAAGAGCUGUCAUACCCUGGACAUGGCCUGUUACAGCCCCCAGUGUGAGCCGGGCUGCGUGUGCCCCCCAGGGCUGGUGGCCGACGGGAGUGGGGGCUGCAUUGCCGCUGAGGACUGCCCCUGCAUGCACAACGGGGCCAGCUACAGGCCGGGGGAGACCAUCUGGGCAGGCUGCAACACCUGCACCUGUGAGAACAGAAUGUGGCGGUGCACAGAAGAGCCCUGCCUGGCCACCUGUGCCCUGUACGGGGAUGGCCACUUCCUCACCUUCGACGGCCAGCGCUACACCUUCAGUGGGGACUGCCAGUACACGCUGGUGCAGGACCACUGCGGCGGUAAUGGCAGCGCCAAGGACGCCUUCCGUGUGGUCACCGAGAACGUCCCCUGUGGUACCACGGGGACCACCUGCUCCAAGGACAUUAAGAUCUUCCUGGGGAGCUAUGAGCUAAAGCUGAGCAGUGGGAAGGUGGAGGUGGUCCAGAAGGGCGCAGGCCAGGAGCCGCCCUACACGAUCCGCCAGAUGGGCAUCUACCUGGUGGUGGACACCGACGCAGGCCUGGUGCUGCUGUGGGACAGGAGGACCAGCAUCUUCCUGAGACUCAGCCCCGAGUUCAAGGGCAGGGUCUGCGGCCUGUGUGGGAACUUCGACGGCAAUGCCCUCAAUGACUUCACCACGCGGAGCCAGGCCGUGGUGGGUGACGCGCUGGAGUUUGGAAACAGCUGGAAGCUCUCCCCGUCCUGCCCGGACGCCCCGGUGCCCAAGGACCCCUGCACCACCAACCCUUACCGCAAGGCCUGGGCUCAGAAGCAGUGCAGCAUCAUCCACAGUGCCACCUUCGCCACCUGCCAUGCCCAUGUGGAGCCGACCAUGUACUACGAGGCCUGCGUGGGUGACGCGUGUGCCUGCGACUCGGGGGGAGACUGUGAGUGCUUCUGCACUGCUGUGGCCGCCUAUGCCCAGGCCUGCCAUGAAGCCGGUGUGUGCGUGUCCUGGAGGACGCCGGACGUCUGCCCGCUGUUCUGCGACUACUACAACCCCCAGGGGGAGUGUGAGUGGCACUUCCAGCCCUGCGGGGCGCCCUGCAUGCGCACCUGCCGGAACCCCAGUGGGCGCUGCCUCCAUGAUCUGCGGGGCCUCGAAGGCUGCUACCCCAAAUGCCCCCCGUCGGCUCCCAUCUUCGAUGAGGACAAGAUGCAGUGUGUGGACAAGUGCUCAACCCCAACACCCCCCCCACCCUGCCGCAUCCACGGGAAGUCCUACCGGCCCGGGGCCACCGUGCCCUCGGACAAGAACUGCUACUCUUGCAUCUGCACCGAGAACGGCGUGCACUGCGCCUAUGACAGUGGUGCCUGCGUCUGCACCUACGACGGGCGGCACUUCCACCCGGGGGACGUCAUCUACAACACGACAGACGGCAUGGGCAGCUGCAUCUCCGCCCACUGCAGGGCCAACGGCACCGUGGAGAGGAGGGUCUUCACCUGCAGCCCCACCACCCCCAGGCCCCCGACCACCUUCUCCUUCUCCACGUCCCCACACACAUUCAGCUCGAGGCAGACCACAGGUGUGGGCUCCAGCCCCACCCAGAGCACGGUGCACUCCGUCCCUGUGAGCACAGCCUCAUCCACGGCCACGGGCACGCCCCUCAGGACGACGCCUGCCACAUCCCCUGUUUCGCCCUCUGCCCACUGUGGGGAGAAGUGCCUGUGGUCCCCCUGGCUGGAUGUGAGUCGUCCCGGGCAGGGCGUGGACAGCGGUGACUUUGACACGCUACAGAACCUCCGUGCCCACGGGUUCCGGGUUUGCCAAGUGCCGAGGGCAGUGGAGUGUCGAGCUGAGGACGCGCCCGAGGUGCCGCUCCAGGCCCUGGGUCAGCACCUGGAGUGCAGCCCGACGGCUGGGCUGACCUGCCACAACAGGGACCAGGCAUCAGGCCUGUGUCACAACUACCAGAUCAGGGUCCUGUGCUGCAGCCCCUUGCCCUGCCCCACCUCCAGCCCUCCAGCCACGCACAGGACAACCAACACAGGGGCCAGCACCUCGGAGGGACCAUCCACAGCCUCUCCUGUCACCACGAGUGGCCCGGGCACGGUCCCCACGACCAGUGCCACGGUGUCCUCCACACCUGUCAGAACAUCUUUCUUGAAGUCUAACCCAACUCCAAGGCCAAAAACAACUUCAGGAACAUCCUCUGCCUCUGCAUCACCCCCGGGGACUUCCCAGGUCACGGAUGUGCCGACCACCUCUGGAAUCAGCCCGGUGAGCUGCUUACGAGAGUCCUGCACUUGGACACAGUGGAUAGAUGGCAGCUACCCCAGGCCUGGAAGAGACAGUGGAGAUUUUGACACUUUUCACAACCUGAGAUCCAAAGGGUAUAAGUUCUGUGAAAGGCCCACAAGUGUGGAGUGCAGGGCUCAGUUCUUCCCCAACACGCCCCUGGCAGAGCUGGGACAGCAGGUGACCUGCAACUCUGAGGAAGGGCUGAUCUGCUGGAACAGGGACCAGCUGCCGCCAAUCUGCUACAACUAUGAGAUCCGGAUCCAGUGCUGUGAGCUGGUGGACUACUGCAGGAACGAGACCAUAGGGACCCCAAAAUCCAUCGCCACACACCCCAAGUCCCUGGAGACCAGCGCCACCACGAAGACCACUGUGACCACGGGAAGUCAGGCCACCUCGACAGGGCACACUAUCCACCCAACACCAGUGCACACAAGUAGAGGGACAUCAGUGGGCACAAAGGUCACCCAACCCCAGACCACCGACUGCCAGCCACAGUGCACCUGGACCAAGUGGUUCGACGUGGACUUCCCAGACCCCGGGCCGCAUGGCGGAGACACGGAAACCUACAGCAACAUCCUGAGCAAGGGAGAGAGGAUCUGUCUCCAACCUGAGGACAUCACCCGGCUGGAGUGCCGAGCCGAGAACCACCCCGAGGUCAGCAUUGAGGCCCUGGGCCAGGUGGUGCAGUGCGAGCCCCACACGGGCCUGGUGUGCCGCAACCAGGAGCAGCAGGGGCCCUUGGGGAUGUGCCUCAACUACGAGGUGCGUGUCCUGUGCUGCCACACCCCCAAGGGCUGCCAGACCACUGGGACACCUGCCUGGACUGUCCCCCCCGAGCCCUCCUCUUCAGUGCCCUCCACCUCAGCUGUGGCCUCCCCGUGGUCGCCCAGCUCUGCGCCAUCAUCCACCCUUCCCUGCUUCUGCAGUGUGCUGGACCAGCUCUACCCUGCAGGGUCCAUCAUAUACCGCCAGAGAGACCUCUCUGGCCAUUGCUAUUAUGCCCUGUGUAGCCAGGACUGCGAGGUGAUCAAAGGGGUUGACCACGACUGUCCCUCCACUACGCCGCCCCCUACCUCAGUUUCGUCCCUGUCCAUGUCUACCCCUGAGACAGGGUGCCCAAAUGUGCUUCCCCCAAGAGAGAAAGGCGAGUCCUGGGCCAUGCCAAACUGCACCCAGGCCACCUGCGAGGGCAACAGCAUCAUCUCCCUGCGUCCACGCAAGUGUCCAGAGGUGAAGGAACCCACUUGUGCCAAUGGCUACCCAGCCCUGAAGGUGGCUGACCAGGACGGCUGUUGCCAGCACUACCAGUGCCAGUGUGUGUGCAGCGGCUGGGGCGACCCCCACUACAUCACGUUCGACGGCACCUACUACACGUUCCUGGACAACUGCACGUACGUGCUGGUGCAGCAGGUGGUACCCGUGUACGGCCACUUCCGCGUGCUCAUCAACAAUGACUUCUGUGACCCCAAGGACCAGUUGUCCUGCCCACAGGCCAUCAUCGUGGAGUACCACCAGGACCGCGUGGUGCUGACCCGCACGUCUGUUGGCGGGGUCAUGACCAACCAGAUCAUAUUCAACAACAAGGUGGUCAGCCCUGGUUUCCAGAGCAACGGCAUUGCUGUCUCCCGCGUGGGCAUUAAGAUGUACGUGACCAUCCGGGAGAUCGGUGUGCGGGUCAUGUUCUCUGGCCUCAUCUUCUCUGUGGAAGUGCCUUUCAGCACCUUUGCCAACAACACCGAGGGCCAGUGUGGUACCUGCACCAAUGACAAGAGGGACGAGUGUCGCCUGCCUGGAGGCACAGUGGCCUCCUCCUGCUCUGCAAUGUCAGGCCACUGGAAGGUGGACGUCCCCGGCCAGCCGCACUGCCACGGGCCUACCCCGACACCCCCCUCAACCACACCCCAGACAACUCCUGUCCAGUGCCCCCCAUCGCCACUCUGUGAGCUGAUCCUGAGCAAGGUCUUCCAGCCCUGCCACCACGUCAUCUCCCCGCAGUCCUUCUAUGAAGGCUGUGUCUUCGAUUACUGCCACAUGACCCCCCUGGACGUGGUGUGCUCUGGACUGCAGCUGUAUGCGGCGCUGUGUGCCUCGGAAGGCGUGUGCAUCGACUGGAGGGGCCACACCAACCAUGCCUGCCCGUUCACCUGCUCGGCUGGCCAGGUGUACCUGCCCUGUGGCCCGUCCAGCCUCCCCUACUGCUAUGGGAAGGACAGCACCAGCUCCCUGGCCCUCCCGGAGGCCGGUCCCAUCACAGAGGGCUGCUUCUGUCCCGAGAACACGAUGCUUUUCAGCAGCGACGCCCAAGUCUGUGUGCCUGCCAACUGCAGCUGGUGCCUGGGGCCCCAUGGGGAGCCAGUGGAGCCGGGCCACACCAUCAGCACCGACUGCCAGGAGUGCACCUGCAAGGACAGCUCCCAGAACAUGACCUGCCACAGGAAGCCCUGUCCCCUGCCCCCCGCCUGCCCCUUGCCCGGCUUAGUGCCUGUGCCCACGGCCCCAAAGGCUGGCCAGUGCUGUCCCCAGUUCGUCUGCGCCUGCAACACCAGUUACUGCCCGGAGCCCCAGCACUGCCCCAAGGGCUCCCGCCUGGUCCUGACCCACGAGGAGGGGGCCUGCUGCCCAAGCCAAAUCUGCCGCGGAAUUGGCUGCAAUGUCAACGGGACCGUCUACCAGCCUGGCGCCAUGGUCUCCUCCAGCCUGUGUGAAAGGUGCUGGUGCGAGGCAGCCGGCAGCCCCCCAUCGGGCAGUUUCCUGGUCAGCUGUGAGACCCAGAUCUGCAACACCCACUGCCCCCUGGGCUUCGAAUACCAAGCUCAGAUGGGGCGGUGCUGUGGGAAGUGUGUGGCAGUGAGCUGCGUCGUGAACACCCCCAGAGGCCGUGGCCACUUCCUCCGCCCUGGUGAGUCCUGGUCAGACCCCGAGAACCGCUGUGUGACCUACCGGUGUGAGAAGCACCAAGACAGGCUUGAGGUGGUGACCGUGGAGAAGCAGUGUGCCCCACUCAGCUGCGCUCGGGACCAGGCCCGGCUGAGCUCCGACGGCUGCUGCUUCGUCUGCCCACACACGUCCUGCAUGCUGCACCACAGGAACCAGACCAUCCGGCAGGGCAGCUGCAGCUCGGCCGGGCCUGUGCGCCUCUCCUACUGCCAGGGGAACUGCGGGAACAGCACCUCCAUGUACUCCCUGGACACCUACACAGUGGAACGCAAGUGCCAGUGCUGCCAGGAGCUGCGGACCUCACGGAAGAAGGUGAGCCUGACCUGUGCCGACGGUUCCAGCCGGACCUUCAGCUACACCCAGGCAGAGGCCUGUGGCUGCCUGGGCCAGCAGUGCCACUCACCAGGUGACACCAGCCACUAGGAUCAUCGGAGUCUGAGUCCAAGAAGAGCAAAGAGCAGAGCCAGGAGUCAGAGAGCAGUAGCUGGGAGGGACUGCCCAGGCCUCCCCAGUGAGCUGGCCAGUGCUGCUGUGUCCUCUGGGACACACCAAGGAAAACGUCCUUUGAAUCCUCCAAGGCCAGUAGAACAUGCACCUUCGUCAAGGUGGCUGCCGUCUAGGACAUGCUGUCCACCCACCAUGUUCUUUUCAAGGGAGAUCUGACCCUUGAGAUGUCCAUGGAGGUGGGGAGGCCCUCAUCCACCUGUGCCCCCCUGUUCAGGAAUGUGGGGUCAGUGGGGCUCUUCUGGUAUGACUCUGACCUGCUCCUUGGGACUUCAGCAUCACACAAAGCUCUCACUAAUGUGGGAUGUGGGUAUUGGCUGCCC